AUGUCAGGCCUCGAACAAGGAGCCAGGGCUACGACCCAGAGUCUCAACGAGGAGACGUCGAUGCCUGAACAUGCUGACCGAGCGGACCUAAACACUUCCACCGGCACCGGCAAGUCGAUCCUUGACUCUAAGGGCGGAAUUGGCAAGCAAUUCACGACUGAUGGGCUACUGGGUGGUACGGCCCAGAAAGUCGGUGGCCCUCUGGACAAGGACGGAACCAUUGGAAAACAAUUCACUGAGAAUGGUUCACUGGGCGGAGCGGUACAGAGCCUUGCAGACAAAAUGAAGAGGUAG